AUGGCCACACCUGAUAUCAAAGUCAAGUGUUUCUCACAACAUGUUGCCAAUGGUAUAUAUGAUUGCGUCUCUGAAGCCAUUACAAACCUGGGCAAAGACGGCUUAGGCGAAGCUGAUUUUGGCAUCGAUUGGACCAUGACUGUCCAAGAUAACUACAGCGGGACAAAUUGGUCAUAUGUAAACAUGAAAGACAGCUGCCCCUUCAGGACCAACAUUGUGGGCCAAAUUGCGACCUCAGCAUAUGGCACAAAGCACUCAGCAAAAGGAACGCACUUCACAAAAAAGAACAUACCACUGGCUGACUCAGACACUGUCAAAUGGAAAUGGGCGCUUUCCAAACCCAUGCUGUGUUCACCUAACCUUGCAGACAUCUGGGAGAAUCAACUAAUGUCCAUCGAAGACUGGAUCACCAAAGAGAAGAAGAGAGCAGCAAUGGGCUCAAAGAUAAACCCAUGCAUUGCUAAGAGUGCCAAUGACCUCCAAUAUGUGGACCUGAUCAUGCUAACAUUGCAACACAUCUAUGAGAAGCCAGAAGGGAAAAACGCCAGCCAUGACACCACUCCUCAACGAACAAAGCGCAAAAUCACGAGUGAGGACAGCAUGGUAGGGCAACAGAGCAUGGCUGUGUCCAGGAGCUCUAUGACAAGCUUGAGCGCCAAUGUAAAUGUGCCGACACCUGCAGCAGACAAAGUCAGUCCAGGAGCAUUAUAUGAUCCAAGGAUCCUCCCGGACUACUGGGGAACAUAUUUUCAGCUACAACAAAACAAACUUAAGCAGCUGAACCUCUACAACACUAUCAAAAACGGACUCAAGCUCAUCCUGAUGCACGAGACAUACUUGAAGUUAAGACCCAGGACGCUUGUUCUCGCCGUCUGCAAUGCUCAUGUUUACAAUAUGGUACAAAACAGGCAGCCUACCAGCACUUUUCAGCUCAGUGUGCAGGCCAUGAAGGUCCUGGAUCCUUCAGAUGAACCUGUGGAAGAACAUUUUAUCCCCAUCCUCUCCACAACCUCCAUUGACUUGUCGAAAGACAACUUAGCCAUUGCGGGUUUCUCCACAUUCGACGUGGCGAUGAACCCUGCCAAAAAAAGCAAGCAUGCAGACGGACAGAGGCACAAAGGAGGGAAAGGAAAAGAGAAAGAGGGUGAGAGCCCAACUUCUGUUGUGGUUUUGCAUGGACACUGUCCAAGGUUACAUGUCCCUUGUGUUACAGACUUGGAUAGUUCUAAUGGUAUAGACACAAAUGUGUUGAUUAGGAUACCAAGCAUGUCGUAG